CGAAUAGUUGAGUCAAUCCCUGACAACGUAACAUUCCACAAUUUCACAUUUCCUCUAUCAACAUUCCACGCCUGGAAUCGCCUUAUUGAAUCUGCUAAGCGAGAACUGUAUAUCGCGGCAUACAAGUCGAGUUUACAGGGAAAGCAUGUGCUUGGCCUACACUCGAAUCUCUCACAUAGUAUUUCAUUUAAAGCCACAAAAUCAAUGAUUGAUACGAUUGAGGGCGAUACAGUGUACGACGCUCUGUUACACGUUGGCACCGUUGGCGGUGUCAGCAUCAAAAUGGUGGAAAAUUUUCCACCAAAAGAUAAAGGUGACAAUGACGACGGGAUAAUUCUACAAAGUUUCGGUACUGAUUGCUCUCUUGUGUUUUAUUUUUUAUAUCGUUUAUAG